CUUGAUUCGACGCCUUAUUUUGGUCUGCAAGAACAUAUGUUUCCUGCAAACGGUGUCUUGGUUUUAUCUUGAUUGUCGCAAGAGAUACCAGGUGCAGUAGUUUCUCGUGGUACGGUUCGAAUAGGGAUACCGGAACCUGAAUUUUCUGAAGGAGAAACAGCAAAAUCGCUAUGAUAUGACUGUUGCCUUGUUGGCUGCUUAUAGUACUAGAGAAAUUUAGCUGGUACUAUCAUUCAUGAGCUUAAUCAGGCUAAAAGUUUUUCUAAGACAUGAUCAUCCAGAGCCAACCUGUUCCUUUUCUUCUGCACCAUUUGAAUUGCACCAGGUAUAAUCCAAGUUCUGUAGAAAAUUCUUGUGUGGAUGAAUCGCAGAGCUAGUUUGCGGUGACAAAAGUCUUCCUUGGCCGUUGAGGCGUAUCUUUCGAUCCACUUAAGAUCUGUCAUCUCAACCUACACAUAUAUUAUCUUCAUUUUGCGGGUGAAUCUCUACAUAUAUUCUGGUGGAAAGGCUAAUCAUCCCAUAAAUUAUGGAGAUGCCGGCAGGUUAACUCUUAGUAAUUGCAUGAAAAUAUCAAUAGUAUUAACCCUCACCUAUCACAUGAAGAUUUAAUUGUACUAGUGCGUAAUCAAUCAUUCAGUUGGCGAAUCUUGCCUUAUUUUCUGAUUCGGUUUGGAAUUGGAAGGUGUCGGCGAGGUAGACCUACUACCUGGCUAUCUACCUUGCGAUGGGAGGAUAUGUGACGUUUAGUCUGGCCUGAUCUAGAAGUACAGAUUUGUCAAACCUGAUCUAGAAGUGCAUUAACCCGCCCUGAAAUUUGGCCUCAACUCGUCCAAGUGGCGAGGUCACGGCAUGCGAUUAGCUUCUUGAUUAGUACAUAUUCAACUGGUCCAUGUAUACUUUCCAUUGAUUAGUCCAUGACAGUGUGUAAAAUGUGCCUGGAAGCCGUGGCGCGGGGUCUACUCUCUCUUGCUCCCUUUUUCCUCGGUCGUACGGUCGUACCAAUCGACGACCACCACUUGCUACUUGGCCGGGCCAAGUUGACAUGUCCGAUGUCCCCGCACAUGUUAAUAAUCUUCAGACCAUGGCUUAAUGAUCAUCACCAAGCAUGAAGCUUCCUUGGAAGCAGCAGAAGAACGCGCACGUCCCGAAGUUCGGCAACUGGGACAACGACGGCAACGUCCCCUACACGCUCUACUUCGACAACGCGCGCAAGGGCAAGGGCGGCAAGCCCAUCAACCCCAACGACCCCGUCGAGAACCCCGAGGCCUUCUCCUCCUCUGUCGUCGCGCCGUCGCCGAACCGCUCCUUCGACCAGGGCAGGCCGGCUCUCCCUCCUGCCUCCCCGCCUCCCGCUCACCACCACGAGCGCCGGCCCAGCGACGCGCCGGCGGUCGCCCCGCCGCUGUCCCCGUACCACCGGAACGCCGGUGGCGAGCCGCCGAGAAGAGGCCCUGGCGGCGGACGGGCAGGCGGAGGCGGGUAUAGCGUGGAGCAGUCGCCGGGGCCGUCCCCGCUGCACCCGUACGGACAGUCGAGGGCCGAGUACUCCGAUGGCAGCGGCUACGGCCUCGUGGCCAACUCCGUGGACCGGUCCCGUGCCAGGGGCGCCUCGCGGGGCAACGAAACGCCGACGAGGGGGUCAGCGGUGCCCAAGUUCGGCGACUGGGACUCCAACCCGGCGUCGGCGGACGGCUACACGCACAUCUUCAACAAGGUGAGGGAGGAGAAGAGCACCCAGGCCAAGGCACCGGGGUUCGGCAAGGACAACGUCGCCUAUGGCAACGGCCGCAGGCAGCACGACGACGGCUACGUCUCCUCGAGUCGCUGGUGCUUUGGGUGGUGCAAGUAGGGGUGGUUCGACAGAUGAUGAUGGGGAAAAGUAAGCGAGGAUCUUUGGGAAUGUAAAUUGUGUGAAAUUAAGAAGGUUUUUGCCAUUGAUUCAACUUCGAACUUCUGUAAUCCCAUUUUUUGGGACAUUAUUUGGCAUUGGGCACUCAGCAGAGUUCAUAUUCUUUUGAUUGUGAAAUAUACUCCUACUAUUUCUUUCUGAUGUGGAAUGUAGAGUUCAGCCAUGGUUGUUGUAA